GGAGUUCUCCGGCUGGUGGGCCGGAGGCGCCCGGUUGGGCAGCGUCCCUCGGAGGGGCGGGGCCAGCGCCGGCCAGCCCGCCCCGCGCUCCUCCCGAGGUACUUGAGGCGGCGGCAAGGCCGGGAGUGAGUCAGACGCGCCGCUGUCAGCUGGCCAUCCCCGGCAAGUCCACGUCGCCGCCGCCGCCAUGGAGACCCCCCUCGGGCAGAAGCGCGGUCCCAGCAGCGGGCUCACCUCGACGCCGCGGUCGCCCGCGCGCAUUACCCGCCUGCAGGAGAAGGAGGACCUGCAGGAGCUGAACGACCGGCUCGCCGUCUACAUCGACAAGGUGCGCUCGCUGGAGUCGGAGAACGCGGGGCUGCGGCUGCGCGUCACCGAGUCGGAGGAGGAGGUCAGCCGCGAGGUGACCGGCAUCAAGGCGGCCUACCAGGCCGAGCUGGCCGACGCGCGCAAGACGCUCGACUCGGUGGCCAAGGAGCGCGCGCGGCUCCAGCUGGAGCUCACCAAGGUCCGCGAGGAGUUCAAGGAGCUCGAGGCCAGGGACACCAAGAAGAAAGGAGAACUGCUCACUGCCCAGGCCCGCCUGAAGGAUGUGGAGGCCUUGCUCAACUCCAAAGAGGCUGCGCUCACCACCGCCUUGGGGGAGAAGCGCAAUCUGGAGGGUGAAGUCCGCAACCUCAGAGGCCAGCUGGCCAAGUUGGAGGUGGCCUUGGCCGACGUCAAGAAGCAGCUUCAGGACGAAAUGCUGCAGCGGGUGGAUGUGGAGAACAGGCUGCAGACCCUGAAGGAGGAGCUGGACUUCCAGAAGAACAUCUACAGCGAGGAGCUCCGGGAGACCAAACGCCGCCACGAGACGCGCCUGGUGGAGAUCGACAGUGGGCAGCAGCGUGAUUUUGAGAGCAGGCUGGCCGAUGCGCUGCAAGACCUCCGCAGCCAGCAUGAAGCCCAGGUCAAUCUCUACAAAGACGAGCUGAAGAAGACCUACAUGGCCAAGCUGGAAAAUGCCAAGCAGUCGGCCGAGAGGAACAGCAGCAUGGCAGGGGCGGCUCACGAGGAGCUUCAGCAGACCCGGAUUCGCAUUGACAGCUUGUCCGCCCAGCUCAGCCAGCUGCAGAAGCAGCUGGCGGCCAAGGAGGCGAAGGUGCGGGACCUGGAGGACAUUCUGGCACGGGAGCACGAGACCAGCCGCCGCAUCCUGGCAGAUAAGGAGCGGGAGAUGGCCGAGAUGCGGGCCCGCAUGCAGCAGCAGCUAGACGAGUACCAAGAGCUGCUUGACAUCAAAUUGGCCUUAGAUAUGGAGAUCAACGCCUAUCGAAAAUUGCUGGAAGGCGAGGAGGAGAGGUUGCGCCUCUCCCCCAGCCCCUCCUCCCAGAAGAGCAGCUCGCACAUCCGUGUCACUUCUUCCGCCCAAAGCUCCACCAAGAAAAGGAAGCUGGCGGACAGCGAGAGCCACACCAGUUUCUCCCAGCAUGCCCGGACCAGAGGCCGUGUGGUCGUGGAGGAGGUGGAUCUGGAGGGCAAAUUUGUCCGGCUGAGGAACAAGUCCAAUGAGGACCAGCCCCUGGGAAACUGGCAGAUCAAGCGCCAGAAUGGAGAAGACACCCCCAUUUGCUACAGGUUCCCUCCCAAAUUCACCUUGAAGGCCGGCCAGCUGGUUACGAUCUGGGCUGCUGGCGCGGGGGUGUCCCAUAACCCCCCCACGGACAUGGUCUGGAAGAACCAAAGCUCAUGGGGCUCCGGCGACAGCUUGCGCACCGCCCUCCUCACCUCCAGCGGGGAGGAGGUGGCCAUGCGGAAGCUGGUGCGCUCAGUUAUGGAGAAUGACGGUGAUAAAAAGGAGGAUGAGGAUGGCAGCAGCCACGGCCAACAUCACCAUAGCUGCGGCAGCGGAGAUCCGGGCGAGUACAACCUGCGUUCCCGUUCGGUGGUGUGUGGCACAUGUGGGCGGCCAGCAGAGAAGUCAUCUGGGGGCACGAAUGUGUCUACCACCUCCUCUUCCUCCAGCCUGACCGUCACGCACGGCUACCGCAGUGGGGGCACCAGCCUCGGGGAGAGCCUCCUGCCCCAUUCCUACAUCCUGGGCAGCUCUAGCCCACGCCACCAGGAACCAUCCAAUUGUAGCCUCAUGUAGUUGUCCGAUGUUUCCUGCUUGAAGUCCCUCUCCUUUUGAUGUUAUAAAAUUUUCUAUAAACACAUUUGCAUAUCUAUACACAAUUUCUCUAUAUAUGUAUACACACACACUGAAGAUGCUUCAGGAGUUUUUUUCAAGAAGGGGGGAAAGGUCUUUUUUGUAUCACAAAAUUUUAAAAGGAGUCCUGCCAAAAAGAAAAGAAGAACUAUAAUUUUAAUAUUUUUCUUCUAGUACGGGAAAGCGUGCAAAUAGGCGUUAUGGAUACGGGUGUGUGUGUUUCCUUGAAUACCAAAGCUUUCUUUUUGAAAAACCAAAAAAAAAAACCUUUCAAAGUUUUUCUCCUCCUGGGUCAGUGUUUGUCAACCUCAUCAACUUUUAAGAGGGGUGGACUUCAACUCCCAGAAUUCCCUAGCCAGCCAACAUGUUGAAGUCCACCCAUCUUAAAGUUGACGAGGUUGAGAAACACUGCUCUGAGUUAAACUCUUUAAAUGCACUUAAAUCUCCCUGUGAGGGUGUUAACCACUAACUAACUAUGGUUAACUCCUUGCCUUGCUCCCCGGCAAUCCAUGCACUUGAGCGGAAGAGUCCAACUCUCUUGAAGACACUACAAGCCAAGAGUUGGCCUUUGUUUACAUUUUGAAAAUGGAAGGGACACUUUCAUGCUGAACCCAUUUUGGUUUGCAAUGAUACAUGGGGAAUGUCCCAUAUCGAACCUAGGGUUCUCAACCCUGGCAAGUUUAAGGUGGAUGGACUUCAACUCCCAGAAUACCCCAGCCAGUAUGGGCGACUGCGGCAUCCUGGGAGUUGAAGUCCACCCAUUUUAAAAUUGCCAAGAUUGAGAAACAUACAGUCCACUCCAGCCCAAAUCAGGUUGUUUAAUACCUGCAUUAAAACACUUUAAAACAUAAUAAUUCAAUAAUUAUCCUUAUUUUAGUCAGGUGUUUCAGAGAAGUCAUCUCUGGUUCCAUUCAGGAUGACUUUGUGCUUUUUAACAAAAUUCAAUUCUCCCUGCAAAAAAGCCGGCCCGCAGUCCAAACCGAUCCACGUGACGGCCUGCGCCACAGUUUUAGGCUGAAAUUAAGUUUACAGCCACUCUUUGCUUCAAGGAAUGUUUACCAGAAAGUUAGAAAGUGCCUUGUUUUCCAGUGUGGCCUUUCCCGUCCUCCCUUGGGAGAAGAGAAGCGCCUUUAGAUGCUUCUUGACCCGCUUCGCUUCGGUGGCAAUGCUGAUCUCUCCGCCCGGCCCCUCGCCCAACCCUACCAAUGGCGCACGGUGCCUGGGCAUGUCUAGAGUGCCUUGCCGUGGCAGGGGAUGUAGACGUGGGCUCCCCGUGUCCGGCAUAGGAACAGCGCCUGGGCUCCAGACAGCCUUCCAGGGCUCCAGAAUGGCGAGGAAUGACUUGAGAAAAGGGCCCCCAGUUCCCUGCUGGGGGAUCCAGUCCAGGGGGAGAGGCGGGUCUUUGGCCUGCAGCUCCUGCUUGAGACGGAGCCUCUGCCUUUUGGCCGUGGGGGGGGGGGAGAGGGAGGUGCCAGCUAUGCUUUCCAAAAGGGGCCCCACUCUGCUCCUGCAGGAGGACAGGUCCAGGUCUUCUCCUGGGCUUGGAGCCGAGGUCAGCAGUCCCGUUUGGUAGCUCCUGUAGGGGAAUGGAAACAUUAGCUUAAAGCUCUGCCGGCUGGGGAAUUCUGGGACUUGAAGUCCACCCUUCUUAAAGUUGCCCAGAUUGAGAACCCCCCCUUAAGGUAAUGUCCUUCAGCCGGAUGCUCCUCAGCUGUUGAUUGGUGGCUGGCCUCCUGACCCAGGAGUCCAGAGCGUCUCUCCCUUGGACACCUCCUGCCCCAGAGGAUCCGUUGGAGGGAUCCCUCCCCCACCAUCCUUUUGGAGGGGCUGUCCUGGGCCCUUCCCCCUUGAGAAUUUGCUGGGAAAAGCGAACCCUCUUGUGGGGAGGGACCUGGCGUCUCACAAAAGGAGGGCAGAUAAUGUCUCCCACUGGCCAGUUGCUGCUUUGGCUUCCUGGGAAGGAGGAGGAGCUGGAGCGCCCCGUGGAUGGCCUCUGCCCCCCCUUCCAGGUAUGUCCCAUGUGCCUGGUGGGGGCAAGCCUGAAGCCCCACCCCACCCCUGUCCAGAAAGUUGGCCCAGAAUAGACGGUUCUUUCUCUUUCUCCAGAGUAGGAAGCAGCUGCAAUUCUCCAACUUCUGCUCUUGCCUCCCAUGGGGGUCUCCCCGGCCCCCCUUUUGGGGCAGCCUCCUCUUUCUCCUGCCAUUCAUCCCUUCUGCCCUCGCAGAGAGACACCCUUCUGAGCGCUGCCUCUUUCCUCAGGAACGCUGGCAGGCUUGAGCACCCACGGCUGCUGUGGGGCGCCCUGCCUCCUUCGUGGGGACAGCAGCCUGCCUUUAAAUUGAGGGGCUGGGGAGGGGAGGAGGGGAGGGCACCAACCAAACAUAAAGCAGCCCACUGCUUGCUCCUGCCUGGUGCAGAUGCUUGCUGAUUGAGGGGGGGGGUUUCUUCUGUGCUCCACCUGGACCCAAGGCUUUGUCCUCUGCUUGCUCGCUCUUUCUCCGUCUUUCUGGGAAAGGGCACCACUGGGAGCAGCUCUUUGGAGAAGCCUCUCCUUUUAAUUUGGGGUGCUGUUAAUUUGGGGCGCUGUUGGGUGGGUCUGCCAAGGCCUGCUUUGCUGAUCUGAUGGCAAUUGUGCAGUAUUUCUGUAUUUUCUUAAACCAAUAUAGUUAUACAAAAAGA